AGCCAUCUCUUUCCGCUCAUUCACUUCCUGCUUCUUCUUGUUCUUCUUCUUCAGCGCCUUUGGUUUCCAUUAGAAGCGUGAUCACCUUGGAGGAGUGGGGAUAUCUAAGGAAACAUUUGUGUUCCCGAAAUUGUGACCUGGUUUUGAUCUUGAAACUAGAAUGUCAACCCAGAAUCGGCGUCCAUCGUUUUCCUCCUCGACGACGUCGUCUAUGGCAAAGCGGCGCGCGUCGUCAUCGGAGAAUGCGGGGAAGGCUAUGGCAGCCCCUCCACACUUGGUCAAGAAGCGAGCGCCUCUCAGUAACCUGACCAAUCAAAACAAUGCGUCUCACAGUGCUUUGCGAAAGUCACUGCCGUCAUCUACUUUGGUACCGUGCACAACUAAAAUUACUCAGACAAAGAAGAAAUUCCCUGCUUGCACCACAAGCUCAGCCAUUUCCAGGAAUAAAAUUCCUACUUCGUUAAAUGCUAAAUCGACUGCAGUUGUUUUCCCCAAGGCCACUUCUUUUCCGCAAAGGGAUGGAAGUAAUUCUGCCACUGUUGCUCUCCCUUGCAGAAUGGAUACUUCUCCUGUCAAAUCAGACAGGAUGUCAGUUUCUCUGGACGAGACGAUGUCUACCUGUGAUUCUUUCAAGAGCCAUGAAAUUGAAUAUAUUGACAACAGCGAUAUUUCAGCCCUUGAUUCUACUGAUAGAAGGACAUUCAGCAAUCUGAACAUCUCAGAUAAUACGGAGGCGCCAGUUAAUGUUUGCAGCAGAGACACACUUGUUGACUUGGAAAGAGAUGGCAAAUUUGUCAAUAUCGACGACAACUACUUGGAUCCUCAGCUUUGUGCACCUUAUGCAUGUGAUAUCUACAAGCAUUUGCGUGCGUCCGAGGGAAAGAAAAGGCCUUCCACAGACUUCAUGGAGAGAAUUCAGAAGGACAUAAAUUCCAACAUGCGUGCCAUAUUAGUUGACUGGCUCGUCGAGGUGGCUGAAGAGUAUAGGCUUGUACCUGAUACAUUGUAUUUGACAGUCAACUACAUAGAUCGGUAUCUUUCAGGGAAUGUGAUGAGUAGGCAAAAGUUACAAUUACUUGGUGUUGCCUGCAUGAUGAUUGCCGCUAAGUACGAGGAGAUUUGUGCCCCUCAGGUGGAGGAAUAUUGUUAUAUAACUGAUAACACGUACUUCAAAGAAGAGGUUUUGCAAAUGGAAUCCGCUGUCUUAAAUUAUCUAAGGUUUGAAAUGACAGCUCCGACAAUAAAAUGUUUCUUAAGACAAUUUGUUCGCGCAGCUCAAGGAGUCAACGAGGUGGCAUCAUUACAAUUGGAGUGCCUGACCAACUAUAUUGCUGAAUUGUCUUUACUGGAGUAUACAAUGCUCUGUUAUGCCCCAUCACUUAUAGCUGCUUCUGCAAUCUUCCUGGCUAAAUUCAUUCUUUUCCCUUCAAAGAAACCAUGGAAUUCUACAUUGCAGCAUUACACACUCUACAAGGCUUCUGAUUUGCGUAACUGUGUGAAGGAUCUCCAUCGUCUAUGUUAUAACAGCCAUAGUUCUGGCUUGCCUGCAAUCCGGGAGAAAUACAGUCAACACAAGUACAAAUAUGUGGCAAAGAAGUCGUGUCCUCCAUCAAUCCCUCAAGAACUUUUCCAAAGUUGAGCGCAGACAAUUUCAUCUAAUUGUCCAAUUCUCGGUUGGAUAGGCUUUAGUUUGACUGUUACUCUGAGUGAAGUAACUGCUUUCUUUAACCUGUAACUUCCAAAAUGUAAUUUCCCCCCAUUUGAUAUCAACUGUUUUGCAGUAUUA